UCAGAUAUCACCAUAAAAGAGCGUGAGGACUCAAAAACACACAUACGAUUCACUCCAUUCGUUUGUUUUGAUUUUCCGGUGAGACUCCGUCGGACUCCGCUUUGCGCCACCAAAAACGACUCUGCCAUGGGGGCGGCGAUAUUACCAGAUCUCGGCACGGAGAUCGUGAUUCCGGUUUGCGCCGUCAUUGGAAUUGCGUUCUCUCUGGUCCAGUGGCUAAUCGUCUCGCGCGUGAAGCUCUCGCCGGAAAAGCAGCCACCGGAGGGAAACGGAAAAAACGGCUUCACUGAAUCGUUGAUUGAGGAGGAGGAAGGUAUCAACGACCACGCCGUCGUUCAGAAAUGCGCCGAAAUUCAGAACGCUAUCUCCGAAGGAGCAACCUCCUUCCUUUUUACUGAAUAUCAGUAUGUUGGUGUUUUCAUGGUUGCUUUUGCCAUUUUGAUCUUCCUUUUCCUUGGCUCUGUGGAGGGUUUUAGCACAAAGAGCCAGGCUUGUACUUAUGACAGUAGCAAAAUGUGUAAGCCUGCACUUGCCACUGCUCUCUUCAGCACCAUAGCCUUCUUGCUUGGUGGUAUCACUUCAGUGGUUUCUGGCUUUCUUGGAAUGAAGAUUGCUACCUAUGCAAAUGCCAGAACCACCUUGGAGGCCAGAAAGGGUGUUGGAAAGGCUUUUAUCAUCGCCUUUAGAUCUGGUGCAGUAAUGGGUUUCCUCCUUGCUGCAAAUGGUCUUUUGGUGCUUUACAUUGCCAUCAACCUCUUCAAGCUGUACUAUGGUAAUGACUGGGAAGGCCUUUUCGAGGCUAUAACUGGUUAUGGCCUUGGUGGAUCCUCCAUGGCCCUCUUCGGUAGAGUGGGUGGUGGUAUCUAUACAAAAGCUGCUGAUGUUGGUGCUGAUCUUGUGGGCAAGGUUGAGAGGAACAUCCCAGAGGAUGAUCCCAGAAAUCCAGCGGUGAUAGCUGACAAUGUUGGUGACAAUGUUGGGGACAUUGCUGGUAUGGGGUCUGAUCUUUUCGGCUCAUAUGCGGAAUCAUCCUGUGCUGCCCUCGUUGUAGCUUCCAUCUCUUCUUUUGGCAUCAAUCACGAUUUUACUGCAAUGUGUUAUCCUCUCCUCAUCAGUUCCAUGGGCAUUCUUGUUUGUUUGCUCACUACCUUAUUUGCUACCGAUUUCUUCGAGAUCAAGGCUGUAAAGGAAAUUGAGCCAGCAUUGAAGAAGCAACUCAUUAUUUCCACUGUGCUUAUGACUGUUGGUAUUGCAGUUGUUAGUUGGGUCGCGCUUCCAUCUUCCUUCACUAUCUUCAAUUUUGGAUUCCAGAAAGAAGUUAAGAACUGGCAACUGUUCUUAUGCGUUGCUGUUGGUUUGUGGGCUGGCCUUAUUAUUGGAUUUGUGACCGAGUACUACACCAGCAAUGCAUACAGCCCUGUGCAAGAUGUUGCUGAUUCAUGCCGCACUGGAGCUGCUACAAAUGUCAUUUUUGGCCUUGCAUUGGGAUAUAAAUCCGUUAUCAUUCCUAUUUUUGCUAUUGCCAUUAGCAUUUUUGUUAGCUUUAGUUUUGCUGCAAUGUAUGGUAUUGCAGUAGCCGCCUUGGGUAUGCUGAGCACUAUUGCUACUGGAUUGGCUAUUGAUGCAUAUGGUCCCAUUAGUGACAAUGCUGGAGGCAUUGCUGAGAUGGCUGGCAUGAGUCACAGAAUCCGAGAGAGAACUGAUGCUCUUGAUGCUGCCGGAAACACCACGGCUGCUAUUGGAAAGGGCUUUGCAAUUGGGUCGGCAGCUCUUGUGUCACUGGCCCUCUUCGGUGCUUUUGUUAGCAGGGCAGAAAUUUCGAAGGUGGAUGUAUUGACACCUAAAGUAUUUAUUGGUUUGCUUGUGGGUGCAAUGCUUCCUUAUUGGUUCUCUGCCAUGACAAUGAAGAGUGUGGGGAGUGCCGCUCUUAAGAUGGUUGAGGAAGUGCGAAGGCAAUUCAACACCAUUCCUGGCCUCAUGGAAGGCACUACCAAGCCUGACUAUGCCACCUGUGUCAAGAUCUCCACAGAUGCGUCCAUCAAAGAGAUGAUCCCACCUGGUGCCCUUGUCAUGCUUACACCCCUCAUUGUUGGCAUCUUCUUUGGUGUGGAAACACUAUCUGGUGUCCUUGCCGGAUCCCUCGUCUCUGGUGUCCAGAUUGCAAUCUCUGCGUCCAACACUGGUGGUGCCUGGGAUAAUGCCAAGAAAUAUAUUGAGGCUGGUGCUUCAGACCAUGCAAGGACCCUUGGUCCAAAAGGAUCUGACCCACACAAGGCAGCUGUGAUCGGUGACACCAUUGGAGAUCCACUCAAGGACACUUCUGGACCAUCGCUGAACAUCCUUAUCAAGCUAAUGGCAGUUGAAUCACUUGUGUUUGCACCAUUUUUCGCCACACACGGUGGCCUGCUCUUCAAGAUCUUUUAGAUUGCAGAAAAUGCCGCGCCAAUUCCCCCACCCCGUGCCAACAUGUGUCGCCUGACCAUUUCUUUCCCCAAUUUCCUCUCUCUCCUCUCUUCCACAUUUUCUUUUCUAACUUUAUCUCAAUUAUAAAUACAUGGUCAAAGGAUGAGUUAGGUAGAGAUAUUUUGUUUCAUGUGGUGGAUGAUGAUGAUGAUGAUGAAGAAGAAGAUGAUGAUGAUGAUGAAGAAGAAGAUGAUGAUGAUGAUGAUUAUGAUGUUGUGAAGAGUUGGAACAGCUUUAUAAUUCUUUCCUCCAAGUAACACAACUGCUUGUGAUCUAA